AUGAUAAAAUUAAAAAUUUUUGAAGCUCAAAAAGCCAAGUCUAUUUUAAAAUUUUCUUAAGCUCAUUCUGAUUCAAAUAUACCAUUUGAUGAGAUUUAAAAUAAUGGAUAAAAAACACAUUCUAACAAGGAAAUAGAUUUUGAUAUAGAUUAAUUGAGUUAUUAGAAGUUGUUUUCUUCAAAUGAAAUAGAUUAAGAAUUUGAUUUUUUAGAUUAAAGAAAAUCUAAUUCUUAAAUGGGAGUUAGUCCUGGAUUAUCUAAUACUUUUUAUGAUUUAGAGUUAACUGAUAAAGCUUUAGAAAUUUAACCAUAUGGAAGUGUUUCUUAUAAUUAAAGAGAGAUACCAGAAAUACUUUUAGCUUUUAGGAAGAGGAGAGUAGCUUAAAUAUAGGUUCCAUAUAUAUCAUCUUAGUGUUAAGAAUCUUGUAAGACUUUAUCUAAUUUUUCAUCUCCAGACUUAUCUCCUAUGCAAACAAAAAAAUUAUAAGUAAAAUCUUUUAUUGAUCUAUUACCAUUUGAGAAUGAGAAUGAAGAUGAUGAACUUUAUAGUGUUUUUGAUGAUGAAAUAAACCAUUAUGGUCCCUUAUAACAAACAAAAAUAGAUUUUUUGGAUAAUUUACAUAAAUUUUUAGUUUUAUAUAAGAUGAGAGCAGGUACAUUUCCAAGAUAAAGAGAAAAUUUAGAAAAUGAAAUAAUAAUAUCAAUUGCUAUGAAUUUAGCUAAGGUUGAUAAAUAAUUAUAUAAAAUAAUAUUUUCCAUCAAAAAAGGUAUAUUUUGA